CGGAGAAGAGGUCACAGUCGGCCAAUAAAGACUCUCCAGCUUGCGUUCGGAGCUCCAGACCGAUCAGGUGGGAGAGAGGAAAACAGAAGAUGUUGCCCUGGAGGAGGUCGGCCCUCACUCUGCUGCUGACUCUGCAGUUUGCGGCUGGCUCUUGGGCUAGUGUAUGCCAGGCUCCUGAAUGGAAAUGUGACUUUGUGUGCGACUGUGUUGACUGCAGCGAUGAGCAAGACUGUGGCUACAGCGGCAGAGGGUUCAAAUGUGACUUUGAGGGAGCAGGGACGUGUGGAUGGACUGACCGGUCCUCGAAUGCAGCAGAGUACGGCUGGGAGAGACGUCAGAGAGGAGUGGAGACGCUGCUCGACAGCGGGCCGUCCUCUGACUACUCCACCGGGACGGCUACAGGUUGGUUCAUGGGGGUGAGCGCAGUGACGGCAGGGUCUCUCAGCACUGCGGAUUUAAUCUCCCCAGAGAUGAAACAGUCCUCACCAACCUGCCGCCUCCGUCUCAGAUACUUCCUGUGGGACUCAGGUCACACGGGUCUGGGCUCCACGCCCUUGUGGGUGUCCAUCCUUCGCCAGGACUCUCGAGAGGCCGUCGUGUGGCGUCCCGAGGCCUCCAGCGUACGUGGCUGGAGGGAGGCCACCGUCUUUCUGGGCCGCAUUCCCACAGGCUUCCAAAUCCGUCUGCGCUCGCGGCGCUCCGAGGGGCGAAGAGGAGACGUGGCGGUGGACCAGAUGGAGUUUCUGGACUGCGCUCUGCCCCUCCCUCUCUCUGGGGAAGGGUGUCCCCCAGAGAUGAAGGCGUGUAGGCGGGGGGGCUGCGUGGAGCAGCGACAGCUCUGUGACGGCAGCGACGACUGCGGUGACGGGACUGAUGAGGAGAACUGUGAUGGAUACCGGGCGUGUGACUUCGAGGAGGGCUCUUGUGAUUGGGACCUGAGUUCACUGUCCAAACUGAGAUGGGUCAGGACCAAUCAGGAGAACAUCUCCGUCACGGAUCCUCUGAAGGGACCAGGCAGGGAUCACUCCAACAACAGCGCAACAGGUCACUUCCUUUAUGUCACUGUCCCUGAUGGUGGUCUCACACAUGACUGGGCUGCGUUCCAAAGUCCCCGCCUCGAGCCCACCAACAUUUCACAUCCUUGCAAGAUGGUGAUGUACACUCACCAGUUUGGGCCGAGGUCCGGCGGUCUGACGGUGCUGGUGGCAGAUAGUGAGAUCUACCCGGUGUGGGAGAGGGGCGGCGCUCUGGGCGAUGUCUGGGUGAAGGCAGAGGUGGAGAUUGUCACCGACUCCAUUUUUCAAAUCGUAAUGAUGGCAGCAGUCAGGGACUUUGCGUAUGGAGGCAUCGCUGUCGACAGCAUUGUGUUGUCUCCUGAAUGCCGCUUGUCAUCUGCCAAUGAUACCUGGGCAAGUUUCCCUCCAUCUCCUAAAGACCCGUGUGCUGAACCAGACAAGAUGUGUGAUUUCCAUCAAGACUGUGCCGGAGCAGAGGAUGAAGACAAAUGUGGGGAUUUCUCUUACACUGAGGGCAGCUCAGGUUGGACUGACGCCAGCAUUGGGAGUCAAGGUUGGCUGCUACACGCAAAUGUCACAUCCGAAGAGAUGUACCUGUACGUAUCCGAGGCCCCAGGCCAGCAGCUGACCGAGGCCCAGACACGGACCCCCCUCCUGGGCCCCUCCGGCCCUGCCUGCACCCUGCGCUUUGAUUUUGCUCUAACGGGGAGUCUAGAUCACGCUGGUGAGCUGUCCGUCAGGGUGAUCGACAGUUUGCUGGGCACGCGGCCUAAGCUGUGGGAGUUCAGUGGGAAGACUGGAACAGGGGAGGGGGCGUGGCAACAUGUCAACCUGCCUAUUGGAGUCAGAAAAGAUCGCUUCCAGCUGGCCUUCGAAGCUCGUGCUGUGAAACUUCCUCCAAGUGCCAACAUUAAAGUGAAAAACGUUCGCUUUGUCAGCUGUCAUGCUGAUUAUUUCCCAUCCUCUCCAACAGGGCUGUCGUGUAACUUCGAGGAUGGACUAUGUGGAUGGUAUCAGGACAACAGUGACAACUUUGACUGGGCGGUGGUGGAUGGGAUGGACCACACCAUCGGGAUCGGCAGAAGUCUCAUGGUGGAUAUGUGGAGCCCUUCUCUGCGCGGUGCGUUCGGACGCUUAGUUUCAUUCCCACAGUUACCAAUUCCUUCAGAUCACUGCCUGUCCUUCUUCUACAAACUCUACGGGCCGAACACAGGUACUCUGAAUGUGAAGCUGUUGAAUAACAACGGUUAUGAGGCCGUCCUCUGGACCCGCAGUGCAGCUCACGGCAACGUGUGGCACGAGGCGCACUGCCCGGUGCCGCACCAGCUCACUACCUUCCGGCUGAUGUUUGAAGCAGCCCGCUCUGGUUUUGACGGGCGCGUGGCCAUUGACGAUGUGGCGUUCGUGGACCGUCCGUGCACCGUGCCGAGGAUGUGUUCCUUUGAAGGCCAGCGGUGUGGAUACAAAAGCUCUGGUAAAGUUCACUGGCUUCACCGCAGCGGACGCACCGCCACGGUGACCGGACCCGAGACCGACCACACUCUGGAGACUAAACUGGGUUUCUACAUGUUGGUUAACACCGGGGUGGGCUUCCUUCCGUCGGGUUCCACGUCAGCCCUCACCUCCCCUGUUCGCCAAGCAACCGCCAAGACCGAGUGCGUCCAUUUCUGGUAUCACAUGGGCGGAGUGAAUCCUGGUUCUCUGACGUUGUAUAUGAAGCCGGUGAAGGGAGAAAGAGUGAAGAGCUUCUCUGACAGUCUGAACCAGGGAGAUGUCUGGCGCCAAGGCAACGGCAACAUCUCCAGUGCCCUUGUGGACUGGCAGCUGGAGUUUGAGGUGGUCGGAGCCGGAGGCAAAGACACUCACGUUGCAGUUGAUGACAUCUUCAUUUCAGCUCGCCCAUGUGAAGACCAAGGUUCUAAGUGCAGUCUGGAGAGAGGGAUGUGUAGCUGGAGCAACACUCAAAACGUCAAAGUGGACAAACUGGACUGGGAGCUGACGAGUCGGGAGGCAGAGAGCCACUACCCCACCCCGAAUGAGGACCACAGUCUGGGCACAGAGAAAGGUCACUUCCUGUUCUUUCCAAGCAGCAACCGGACGGCACCCUCUGAAAAAGCUCAGUUGCUGAGCCCUCACCUGCCCCCGACCAAGGGCACCUGCUUGAAAUUCUGGGCCUACAAGCCAUACUCGUCGGACAGCCAGCUGAGGGUGUGGAGGUUAUCUGAAGGUAGUCUCCAUCAGCUGCUGGUGGUGAGUGAACUGGGAGGGCCGUGGAAACGCUUUGACGUCAACAUCACGUCUACUAAGGAAUACCAGAUUGUGCUUGAAGGAAUCAAAGGCACAUCGGGCGUUGUGGCUCUGGAUGACAUCGAGUACACCGUCGGAGUCAACUGCGCUAACGAAGUCACAGAUGCAACCUCACCAAAGCAGGACAACGCCGGAGGGAUCGCAGCGUCCGUCAUCGUGGUCCUGCUGCUGAUCGGCACGUUGAUCGCCCUGCUGAUUUACUACCUGCGAACCAGACAGAUGGUCCAGCCUGUGAACGGUCCGUCAUCUUCCUCAGCUGGUGCUGGCUUCAGAAAUGAAUCGUAUGCACCAGACCUCUCACAGGAUCGUGUGAUUAUUCCACCGGCGCAGAACCAUCCGAUGGCAGCUGGGUUCAAUAAUGUCACUGUCCCUGCUGAUGUCAGAGAGAUGGAGGUGUGAGGCAGGAGGAGUGCUGGUCCUGCCACCCAAAGGUGGCCUUGUGAAAAUGAGGCGAUAUCACAGCAGAAGAACUGCUUGUGUCGCCCUUAACUGACACACACACACACACACACACACACACACACUAACGCAGCCCACAUACUGAAACACCGAUGAAGGCCUAAUCGCUGAAGCUGCCUCAGAUCGGAUGGAGCCCUCGAGGGUCACAGCUCUAGGCCUGUGGACGGACUGAUGGAAGUCAGAAGGAGAACGUCUACGGUGUCGUGGACAGAUAUUAGUUUCCCUGUCUUUGAAUCGAGACUGGGCAUAACCCUCGGUUGGCAGAAAUGGUUGCAUGGAGAUUUUCUUAUGCAUUUUGGAUGCGUAAGAAAGCAUGAACUUGGAGCAUAGAGCUGGAAAAGACGUGAGUUUACCAGGCAAAGAGAGUCUGAUGAAAGACACUAUCAAGGUGCAUUUUGGGAGAGGAGCUUGACUCGCAUUAAGGGGUAAAAAAUAUCUCUGCCUCAAUCUGUCUCUCACAAGCCUCCCAACAUUAUAGAAAGCUGUAGAAUGCCCUUUUAAAGAGAAAGGAGAAAGAAAAGAAUGACGUUAAACCUUGAAAGAAUUUCUUUUUUUAAAAGGUUAUAGAGAAAGUUGACAUGUAACGCUGCAGUUUGGAAAACAUCUGUACGACGGAUGUAUUCUUACAACUGCCCUCCGCUUUGAAACAGGAUGUAAUUGACCUCUGAGGAUAAAUUGAUUAAAGUUGAGCAUUUAAACAUUGUCA